CGAGAAAUGUGACUGACGCAGUUGAUCAGUCAUCACCGAGAACAACCGAAAAUUACCGAGAAAUAGUUGAAGCACACAUUUGUAAAAUUAAAUACAUAUACAUUAUAAUAACAACAACAAUAACAAUACAACAAAAAAUUAAUUCUUCCUUGACGUAUCUAUCUCUCUUUUUAUAUAUUUUUUUUUUUCAACUUGUGUGUCUCUUUGGUGUCUAUCAUCUCUUCUCUCUCUCUCGCUCUCAUCUCUCUUGUAUAUUACACACAUGUAAAAAAAAUAUAUAUAUAAAUCUCUCACACACAUGUCAAAUUUAUUAAUAAAAAUCAUUAACAAAUGAAAAAAAAAAAGAUUGUCAAACAAGUCAAUCAAUAAAUUUUAUUCAAACAAAAUAUAAAAUAAAACAACAACAGACAUGUUUGAGGUUAUGCCUAAUUGUUUAAAAUUUAAUAUAAUAUUUAAAAAAUAGUGACAAUAAUUGUCAAUUGGUAAAUUAUUAUUUCUUCAUAAUCAUCAUCAUCAUCAUCAUCAUCAAUGUCGUUGCGGGAGGGAUAGUGAAAAUUCACACAUAUACACAUACACAUUGACAUUAUUUAUCUACGAGAGAGGAAACAGAGAGAGACAGCCAUAAAACGUGAUACAUACAGUUACAUAUAUAUAAAAAAAAUUUAUAUACUUUUUUUUUUUUCUACAUGUAUAUGUAAAGAGGAAAAUUGAGAAAAGAAGUGUGUGGUGUAGGAUUAAUAUAAGAUGGCGUCAGUCGUCAUCAUGCCGUGGACAUUCUGGAGGAUGUGAAAUUAAAAGUGCACUUUUUUAAAUUAAUUAAAAAAAAAAAAAAAAAUCAUUAGAAUAAUAAAUUAAUUAUGUCUCUAAGUAUUUAAUUAAUUGUUGGUUUUUUUUUUUUGUAUAUUAUUUUAAACAAUAAUAUUUGUGUUUUGAUUUCGAUUUUUUUGUCAAUUUUCUACUACAAAAUUGUCACCUUGAUGAUUGUGUUAAUAAAAAAAAUAAAUAGCAAUACAUACCUUGUUUGGUUUUAAAAAAAAAUAAUAUAUAAAUUGAGAGUGACUUUGAUGGUUUUUUUUUUUUAAAUAAAAAAAUAAUUUAAAAGUGUUUGUGUGUUGUGUUUGCGUGUGUGUGAUAAAAAAAUAAAAAAAAAAAGUGACAAAUACGUGAUUAAAAUUAAUUUUAUUAAUCAUCAGACUGUAAAUAUUUUUAAUGAUUAUUUAAAAAUCAUCGAUGCCUUUGUUUGGUGUCUUGAAUUAUUAUUAUUUUGUCAAAAUUGACAGAACUUUGUAGCCCUCACCAAAAAAUUCCUAUAAAUUUAUUUGUGUAUUAACUUGAAAGUGAGUCGAAAAAAAAAAAAGACAACAAAAGAAAGGACAUAUUUUUUGGAUGCAUGAUUAACUUGUUACAUAUUGAUAAAAAAAAAUAAAAAAUCAUGCGUGAAUUUAAAGUUGUUGUGUUGGGCUCGGGCGGGGUAGGCAAAAGUGCUUUAACCGUACAAUUUGUAUCUGGUUGUUUUAUGGAAAAAUAUGAUCCAACAAUUGAAGAUUUUUAUCGUAAAGAAAUUGAAGUUGAUAAUUCACCAUGUGUACUUGAAAUACUUGAUACUGCUGGUACCGAACAAUUUGCAAGUAUGAGAGAUUUAUAUAUUAAAAAUGGACAAGGUUUUGUUGUUGUCUAUAGUUUGACAAAUCAUCAAACAUUUCAAGAUAUUAAAACAAUGAAAGAAUUAAUAACACGUGUUAAAGGUACUGAAAGAGUACCAGUAUUACUUGUUGCUAAUAAAUUGGAUUUAGAACAUCAACGUGAAGUUGAUACUGUUGAAGGUAAUUCACUUGCUCAAUUAUGGGGAUGUCCAUUUGUUGAAGCAUCAGCUAAAAAUCGUACAAAUGUCAAUGAAAUGUUUGCUGAAAUUGUACGUGAAAUGAACAUCAGUCCAGAAAAAGAAAAAAAAAGUUAUUGCUGUUGCAGUGUCCUUUAAUAUGCAAUCAAAAGCUUCAAAUUUUGAAGGGCAGACUGAUUAAAUUACACGACACACAAUAUUAGACACUAAGCUCGUACAACAAAUUUAUAAAUAUUUUAUCCAUAACACUACUCAAGUCUUUGUCAUUGUUGUAAUAAUUUUUAAUUUUUAUUUUUUAUUGUUUUGUUCAUCAUCAUCAUCAACAUCAUCAUCAUCAUCAUCAUCUACUUACAAUGUUAUUUUUUUUUUCCUCUGAUUAAUGGGACGUGCUGUGAACUCGAGAGUUUAAACAAAAAAAAAAAAUUUAUAUAAAAUUUAUAAUCAAUGCAAUGUUUAUUAUACGAAACAAUGACGACAACUAUUUCAAGUAAAAAAAUGAAUUUUAUAAUUUGACGAUAAAUGAAAUUAAAUGAAAAUAUUAUAAAAAAUAAAGCUCGUGGCUGUCGACUAGUGCCACGGCCAAAUAUUUUAAUACACACACAUGGAUAGUAUUAUAUGUAAUUAUUAUUGUAAAAUAUAUUUAUAAUCUAAGUACAAGUGGGCAAUGAUUUGUGUGAUUUUGCUUAAUCACAAAUUGACAAGGUGCAAAAUAACAAAACAAAAAUAAUUUAAAGUAAUAAGGACCAACGCACGCUUCUUAUAAUUUUUUUUUUUUUUUACAAUUAAUUAAUUUUGAUAGACUGUCAUCAUACUGUCAUCAUCACUAUCAUCAUUAUCCCAGUCUGUAAUUAUUUUAUAAAAAUACAACGUGAAAGAUAAACCAAAUUGAAAAAAAAAAUUUCUGCUCAAUUUAUAAAAAAAAAAUAUUAUUUAAAAUGUUUAUUGUAAUUGUUACUAUUCGUCCAUCUUGAUAAUUGAUUUAAAAAAUAAAAACAAGGUGCUUGAUGAUAAAUGAGCCAUAUGUUUUUAAAAUUAAAUUACUAUUCGUCCGGAAAUAUAAUGAUUAUUAUUGUAAAUAAAAUUUUUCACGUUGUCCAAUAAUCAAUUAAUUGUUUAUUAAUUAUUUAAUUUGUUUUAUUGUCAAUUUGCGAUAUGACAUUAUUUUACAUAGAGCUACAAAGUCAAUGGCUCUUUUGUCUGCUAAAAUUACAACAAACAAACAACAAAAAAAUCAUAAAAACAAAAUGAAAAAAAAAAAAUAAUAAAAAUUUAGUUUUUAAGAAUUUAUAUCUUAUAGGAUGAAAGUCAGUUCUAAGCCAAUAUAAAUAUAAAUUUCAUUAAUUGAUAAACUUUUGUCUUUAUUUUUUAUUUAAAUUUAUUUCUAACGACAUACAAUAUCUACAUUAUUAAUUGUUUGCUCUUUGUACGAUUUUUUUUUUUAAUUUUUCUUCUUCAGUCAUUUCUCAUAUGAUUAUUUUAAAUUUCGUUGGCUUUAUUUAUAUUUUGUUAUUAUUUAAAUUGCAAUGCCAAUGUUGAUAUUUAUUAUCAGCAUUAACAGAAUCUCAUGAGUCACGAAAUAAAAAAAAAUAUAUCAAGUGUGAAUAACAUUUCCUUUUUAUAAUAAAAUAUUUCGAUUAAUUAAAAAUCCUAUUUUCUUUUUUGUCAGUUUAAAAUAUUUAAACAAAAAACUGCUAACAAUCCAAAGCUCUUUUCUUAUUAAUUUUCAAUAAACAAUUAGUUAAAAGAAAAAAAAUAUAAAAAUUAGCUUUUUUAUAAACACACAAUAAUUGACUGGAUUUUUGAAAAAAAUUAUAUUAAAAUUAUUUCUAACACACACAAAGGGGCAUCAUGCAAUGCUUAGAUUUUUUUUCAGUCAACUGCUGUGAAUAUUAAAGCACAUUAUAGGUCAAUUUAUAUAUUUGAUUAUUAUUAUUUUAUAAUUGUUUAUAAAAAUAACAAAUGGAAAGUAGUAAGGUCAAUGUUAUUUGAGCAAAAUGAAAAAUAAAAUAACUAAGAAUUAAAAUUGGCAAUCGAAAUAAAGCAGAGCCAUGGAGGAUGUUUCUAAAAUAUAAAAAAUAAAAAAAAUAAAAAAUAAAAUUGAUUGGAUAAAAUAUGCUAAAAGUGAAAGGAAUGCUCGUGUGUCUAUUUGUAAAUUGGCACCAUUCCUAUUGCAAUUUUACAAAGUUUAUACGAAAAAUUGUGUGAAUUUUUUAUUUAGAUAAAAAAAAAUAUUAAUACAAUUGAUUAAAUAAUAAUAAUAGAAUUUAAAAACAAUUGUGUAUUAUUAUUAUUUUUCAUUUUUGAAUAUAUAUUAGUCUUAAUUUGUGAUUACUAAUAAUUUUUCACUUUGUAUACAUAGAGUAUAUCACUGUGAUCCUGUAGAUGUUUAAAUUAAAAGAAAAAAAAAAAAAAAAAAAACUCAAUUUGAAUGGCGUAUUUAGCGAUAAAUUAUAUAUUAAAAAAAAAAAUUAAUUAAUUAAUUAUAAAUCAGGAAUAAUUAGAGAUUAAUCGGGUAGAAUGAUUUUGGCCCUUAAUUAAUAUUUAACAGUAGGAAAAUCGUCAUAUCCGUUUAACCCAGAUGCUCGUUAUUAUUUUCAUUUUAUUUUUUACUUUGCUUGAACGAGCACUGUGACAAUUCAAUGAUCAGCAAAAUAAAAAAAAAAAAAAAAACUAAAUAAAUAUAUAUUAUAUAAACAAUUAAGAAAAAAAGUAAAAAAAUAUUUCGCACAGGCAUUUUAUAAUUUUUUUUUGUUUUUUUCUACUGUCAAUAUGAAUGUGUGUGGAUUUAAAAUAAUUUUAUUUUUAAAAAUACAUUUCUACGCAUGAGAUAAUUGGAUAAAAAAAUUGUUUAAAUAUAUGUAAACAAUGAUGCUUUAUUGAAGCUUAUGAAAAACCACUUGAUUUGUAAAAUAUUUUUCUAAGUGUGCCAGUGAUCUAUUAUUAACAUUUGAUAAACGAAAAGAAAGAAAAAUAUACAAAAUUUUUAAAUAGAAAAAAAAAACAAUAUUGCGACACUUGCCUGUGUGAGCAUAUCAUAAAUCUUAUCGUGGGACAAUCACGUCCUCGAUGAUCGCACAUUUUCCUACUUAUCAAUGUUAGAGAAAAAAAAAAAAAAAUAUAAUAAUUUAUAAUCGUGAUUUGUUUGUCUUUUUUUUAUA